AUGCCGGGUUGUUGUGUGCCGCAGUGCACCAACCACUCCAGAAAGGGAUGGAGAAUGUUUCAGUUCCCGAGGGACCCCAAGAGAAGGCUGCUUUGGACAGUAAACACCAAGCGCGACAAGUGGCAACCGUCAAACACAUCGUGCAUGUGCAGCGCUCACUUUGAACCAAGCAGCUUUGAACAGCAUCGUUCAGAUGGAUGGAAAAAGCUGAAGCCGAAUGCAGUUCCAACUCUUUUUUCAUUCAAACCUUUACCUAAGGAGCGAAAAGCACCGAAGGAGAGAGUGGCUUCAGAGAUCUCGCUCUCAAAUGGUAAAUCAGAUGCGACCCCCGUGGAAGCAAGCAGCUCGUCAUGUGAAGGAAUAACGCUCUCUGAGACCACGGAGCAGUCUCAAUUCAGACCUCCGCUUCAGGAAGAUACAUCCGAAAUGGACUCGUUCCAGGUCAGCAAUGUCAUUGCUGAGUGUCCACAGCAGGUUCAGGAUGCAGACAGGAGAGAGCAAGCUGGCGAACCUAGUGGGACCCAGACUGCUUCCUCGUAUUCUGCAGAGCUGAAGAAGCAGCUAGCGGACAUCACGAGGAAAUACACAGACCUUCAGGACCAUCAUGCUGCCGCCAGAAACAAUAUUAAGGGCCUCAAAAAUCAAGUUCAGAGGCUUGAAAGCGAAAUCAGGAAUUUUUCAAAAAAUGUCAAGUUCCUGAAUGAAGAUCAGCUCCGUGCUCUGUCUAGGAGCAACAACCGGGGCAAUUCCUGGACGCCUGAAAUGGUCAAGCAAGGCCUUCAAAUUAAGUUCGCUUGCGGGACAACUGGAUAUGAAACGCUCAGAAAGCUGGGAUAUCCCCUUCCCUCAAACAGGACACUGACUCGCAGGCUCGAAGGUUUGAAGUUCCUUCCGGGGAUACUUCACGAGGUGAUUGACGUCAUGCGGUGCAAGGCAAUGGCCAUGGAGUAG